CUAUGACAUCGCCCUGCUGCGCUUGGCCCAGAGUGUUACACUCAAUAGCUAUAUCCAGCUGGGUGUUCUGCCCCAGGAGGGAACCACCCUGGCUAACAACACCCCCUGCUACAUCACAGGGUGGGGGAGAACCAAAACCAACGGGCAGCUGUCUCAGACCCUGCAGCAGGCCUACCUGCCCAGCGUGGACUACUCCAUCUGCUCCAGUGCCUCUUACUGGGGCUCCACAGUGAAGAGGACCAUGGUGUGUGCUGGUGGAGAUGGGAUUCGCUCAGGAUGCCAG